AUGCUGUCUAUUGAGCGUACAUAUCAACAUAAGCAAGCUUGUGCUCAUAAAAAGAGGCACUUGCGAAAGAGUCAUGCGUUCACAAGCUUGACGAACUACGUAAAAGAGUGUCUCAUUCUUGACAAUACGAAUAUGUGCAGAACUAGCACUCCUCGUGUCGUCGAUCUUGGCUGCGGAAGGGGAGCAGAUUUCAUUCGAUUCGAACGACGCUUCCCUGGAGUAAAUUAUACUGGCAUUGACAUGAGCGAGAACAUGCUUUCUCAGGGACCGUUCCGACAUCAUGACAGAGUCCGACUCAUUUGCCAAUCCAUCGAGACAGCAUCCCUCCCCACCGCCGACAUUAUUUGGAGCUUCAUGGGCAUGCAGAAUGCGUGCAGCACAAGGUCCAAGCUCAAGACUUUCCUCGGAAGGAUCAAUGACUGUCUGGAAACCGACGGCAUCUUCCUAGGUGCUUUCCCGAAUGGUACCAGAAUACUGCGAGACAUGCACCAUCUCGACGAUCAUAAGCAACUAUACCGUUUCUGUCCCAUCCCGGCACCAAAUCGACAGGAGAAGUGGUAUUCCUUCACGCUGAAGGAUGCCUAUGAAAACUUGCAAGAAGCCGCCAUCUCUCCAGCCGAGGUUUUCGAUUGUGCAAAGACUCUUGGCUUUGAAGUUCAAGCCCUUUCAUUCGCAGAGUACAUUAGGAGCUGUGCCAGCAGCUCUGACAAAAGUGAACUGUUCUCGAAAAUUGUCGGAGACGCCGAGGUGCCUGCAUGGGCUAUGCGGCUAGCAGAGUACUACACUUGUUUCGUCAUUCGCAAACGAACCGUCACAUAG